CGGCCGGCGCGGGGCGCGCUCGGAGCGGAGCGGGCGGCGGGGGAAGAUGGAAGGAGCCUCCUUCGGAGCGGGCCGGGCGGGGGGAGCCAUCGACCCCGUGGAUUUCCUGAAGCAGCCGCAGACCAUCCUCCGGGUGACCACCUGGAUCUUCUCCAUCGUGGUGUUUGGCUCCAUCGUGAACGAGUGCUACGUGAACAGGGACAGCCAGACCCCCAUUCUGCACUGCAUCUUCAACGAGAAUGAGAGUGCCUGCAGCUACGGCAUCGCCGUUGGCAUCAUCGCCUUCUUCGGCUGCAUCUUCUUCUUUGUGGUGGACCUCUACUUCCAGCAGAUCAGCAGUGUGAAGGACCGCAAACGGGCUGUCCUGCUGGACCUCGGCUUUUCAGGUUUCUUGUCCUUCCUGUGGUUUGUAGCCUUCUGCUUCCUUGCAAACCAGUGGCAACGGACGACGAUGAGCAUAGGGGUUUCACAAGGAGCGGAUGCUGCUCGGGCAGCCAUCACCUUCUCCUUCUUCUCCAUCAUCGUCUGGGUGGCGCUGGCGGUGAAGGCUCUGCAGCGGUACCGCCUGGGGACGGACAUGUCGCUCUUUGCCACGGACCAGUUCGGCACCGAGCCCAGCGCUCCCUACCCCGGCUACCCCAGCGGCAGCGGCGUGGAGAGCACAGACACCUACCAGAGCCCCCCCUUCACCGAGACCUUAGACACCAACCCGAAAGGUUACCAAGUGCCAGCGUACUGAGGGGCGAGUCCUGCGGUGCCGUACCCUGAGCCGGUCGAUUGCAAAUGUAUUCAGUCCCAUUUCCUUCAUGUGGCAAGUCAGUGCUGGGUUCCUUACUAUUAGCUAGUUGUGCAGUGGAUUCUGUACAGUGGUAUUGGUUCUUGUCUUACCUGUCCAAGGGUUUUAUAAAGCAGUGUUCCCUCUAAGUCAGAAGGAAGCAAGGAAGGAAGGAAGGAAGGUUGCUACCGCAUCACCUCCACGUGGCCAACGAUGAGGAUAUCUCUGCCUGAGGCUUGGCACUGGGCUGUGCCUGGGACACCUUCUCCUGUCCAACACAGUAACUGGAGAGCUGUCACUUGUCUUGUUCUUCCAGAGCUAACACAGCCUCUCAUGGUGGUGAAGGGGGGCUCAGCUCCGUGCUGCUCCCCCUGCACAGCUCUCCUGUCCACGUUCCAUGGCGAGUGCCCAGCCCACAAAGAGAUGAGUGGUGUCUGUGUCCCUUUCAUUUGUAUAUAGCUGCUGUACAAAAUCACCUCCACCCAAGUGGUUCCCCCUUAGCUUAGGAUGCCAGUGGCACGUGGCAGGUUGGGGUUAUGGGGAGCGUCCCAUUUGCUUCUGUGCUUCAACAGGGCUCUGCUUGAGGAUGUCAAAAGCGACUGUUGGAAGCUGGAAACCAGCUCAGCAAUAGGUUAGGAAUAGGAAUAGGCUUUGUCAUAGGUUAGGAAUAGGAAUAGGCUUGUUAGGAAUAGGCUUUUAUCAGCAGCAAAUAGCUGUGUGCUGCAGUUCUGCUUCUUCCCCGAGGGACUGGGACAGUUUGUAGCUGUACUAAUGGCUUCUGGUUGGCAACAGAGCACUUAACUGUGCUCAGACCCAGAGCUGCCAGUACAAAGGCCUCAGCAGCUCAAGGCCCAGUGCAAUCAGGAGCAGUCUUGAGCUUGGGUUUUUAGACUGGGAGCAGGCAGUUUGUCGUCAGCUGCAGCAGAAGCUCAGGUGGGAACGUUCCUUGUGCCCUUGUCUCCAGGAAUGAGGAGUUCAGGAGAACUGGGAAGGCUUUAGAGGCUCUUGAAGUCCAUUAUGAGGGGACCCCGGGUUUGAAAGCAGUGGGAGAGGGAGUGAAAAGCUCCCAGGAAAGAGGGUCAGGUUUGGAUUCAGCUGCGAAAUUCCUGCCUAUAGGUCCCUGUCAGCUCCUGCCUGCUCUCCCUGCUCCCUGCUGGCUGUUUGCCACUGAGGACUGAGCAGAGGAGCUGAGACUUGAAUCCCAGCCCCAUGCUUAGAGGAGGGCAGGAGUCGUGUGCUGCUUCCUGACCCGGUGACCGUCGGCCCCAGCUCUGCCUGCAGCAGGGUUUUGGUCAUCAUCAGCACAGCUCCUUUGUGCUGCAUCCAUUAACAACAGCGACUCCAUCAGGAGGGAUCAUUUCCACUCUUCAGGCCGGGCUCAAUGUGCAUUUCCAGCCAGGCUGGUGCUGAGCUCCUGAUGGCACCGGAGCCGCACUGGGGUUUUCCAGGCAGCAUUUCCCAACCUGGAUCCUCCCCCCACACUGCUGCAGCCUCCCCAUGUGUGGUGGCAUCAGGACCAUGUGUCCUGCAGCGAUCCCCACCAUGGGCUUUGCACCCCCUUGGAGGCCCCAGAGCUGUUGGGGUGCAUAGGGCAGAGGCAGGAGUGUGAGCAGGGGAUGCUGCUCUAUCAGAGCUGUCCCUUGCUUGGCUCAUGCAAGGGGCAAGGAGGAGGUGACCAGUGCCAGAUCCUUGCAUGAAGCAGACCAGGGACACCCAAACCCCACUAUUCUAUAACCCUAAAUAUAUUGGACCCCAAAUAUAAGGGGUCCAUCUAAACCAGACCCUUUGGAUGUUUCUAGAGUCAGAUUGGCUGGGAGAUAAAGAGAGGCAAGGGGGUUUAAUCCAGGGUACAGCAGAACCGUAGCAAUAUUUUCCUUAGAGGGAACACUGACGUUUUAGCAGCACAACCAGUAACUUGUGUUAAUAUUUUAGCAACAAUAGAAUCAAUUUAAGUGUUUAAAUUGAUUGUACGUGAGGUAAUGUCUGUUCGGUACAUUGUAGUUUUCUAACUAUAUACCUGUUCCAGAGUUUCCUUGUAACCGUAACCCACUAAAGCUCUGUCUGAGGGCAGGAUGUGUCCUGCCCCCCUGGUGUACCCAUGCUCAAUAUUACAAGCUCUGAAUGUACGCA